AACCAAUCAAAAUGCUCCGAGUGUAGGUGUGUAUGUGAAGGUCGUUCAAGAAAGGCGACUGUAAACAGAGAUUCGGUUCAUAUUUGACAGGACGAAAUGGAUGCGGGAAUUUCUCCAGCUAAACGGGCCAAGGUGGACAAUGGCACAACGAAAGAAGGUGAUCUGAAGACUUAUCAUGGUUACAUCGAGGAGGAGCACGAUAAAAACGCCAUCAGUCUCCUCUUUUCCACUGACGAGGAGGUCGGGGCACUGGCUGGCUGUCUCAAAGUCUUCAAGAAACACAAGGUGAACCUCUCCCACAUCGAGUCUCGCCCAUCCAAGAGAGGAAAAGACAGUUAUGACUUCUUCGUCAACUGCGAUUCUCAUCAACAGGCGACCUUUAAAGCGAUGGUGGAUGAACUCCGUAAACGGACAACAACUUUGAAAAUCCUAACUCGAGAUGGCGCUGAUGAAGGACCGGGAACAGUCCCAUGGUUCCCAAGAAAGAUCUGCGAGCUGGACCGAUUUGCAAACCAGAUCCUAAGUUACGGCUCGGAGUUGGACUCAGACCACCCGGGAUUUACGGACAGUGUUUACAGAGCGAGGAGGAAAGAGUUCGCUGACAUAGCCUUCCAUUACAAACAUGGAGAAGAGAUACCAAAAGUAACCUACACACCAGAGGAAAUUCAAACAUGGACUACUAUAUACGAUAAGCUGACUGCACUUUACCCAACACAUGCCUGUCGGGAGUUCAACCAUAUAUUCCCUCUCCUGGAAGAGAACUGUGGAUAUCGUCGGGAUAAUAUCCCACAGCUCGAGGACAUCUCCAAGUUCCUAAAAGACUGUUCUGGAUUCAGCUUACGACCGGUAGCUGGCCUACUGUCAUCACGCGAUUUCCUUGCUGGACUGGCAUUCCGAGUGUUCCAUGCGACACAAUACAUCCGUCAUAGUUCGAAACCUAUGUACACUCCUGAACCAGAUGUUUGCCACGAACUGAUUGGUCACGUGCCCCUCUUUGCUGACCCAGUAUUCGCCCGGUUUUCACAGGAGAUCGGCCUGGCUAGUCUGGGCGCCCCUGACGAGUACAUCCAGAAACUCGCCACGUGCUACUGGUUCACGGUGGAGUUUGGCCUGUGUCGACAGGAAGGAGAUGUAAGGGCUUUCGGAGCUGGACUUCUGUCAUCGUUUGGCGAACUUCAGUAUUGUUUGUCGGAUAAGCCGGAACGGAAGGAGUUCGAACCCACAAAGACGGCAGAACAGAAAUACCCUAUUACGGAAUACCAGCCCGUAUACUUCAUCGCCGACAGUUUCGAAGACGCCAAAGACAAAAUGACAGCAUACGCGGACAUGAUCCCCCGACCCUUCACUGUCCGGUACAACCCAUAUACCCAGACCGUAGAGGUCAUCGACAACAAGAACCAGCUUCUGAACUUGACGAGGACAAUCAAAGGUGACCUGAACCUCCUCGAGGACGCAUUGAGGAAAGUUGGGAAAUUAUGAACAGUUCAUUGUGAGUGGUCCCCGAGGAACAAACUAUUUGACUUGACACCAUCAUUUCAUCACGUUUCAGCAUUAUAAAUGUGUUAUAGAACGUAUGACAUCACGUUUUAUUGUUAUUCCAUCCAGAAUGUGUACAAACCUCUAUAUAUACACCAGACAUUGUAAGUAAUCAUUACUGCUAAGCGUUAGGGAUCUAGAUAGGGUAUAUAGCUUAGAUAUAUAUUAUCGAAAUCGGGUUCAGCUGACUUUAGAUUUUGUUUGCUAUCCCACUACAGAAUUUAUUAUGUAUAAAAGAAAGGUAUUUUUUUCUUAUGUUAUCUCAACGAGUAGCUAGUUUCUGAGGCUUUGAUAUGGUGAACGACUCCUCCUAUCUGAUGUUAUUAUUUGUGUAUUGCUUUAACUGUAACUUAAAUCCUCGGAUAUGAUUCUCUAUUCAAAACUACCGAAACAAUUUUUUCCUGCCAACAUUUCCCUCUCGCUGCUUGUGUAGGUAAAACUAGCGCUUAUUUCACAAGUCACAGUUUGGUGAUAUUGGGACACCGUUACAGCUCUAGGUAUUUCUAGUCAUAGAUGGAGGAUAUUAUUCUCAUGCGCUUAAUUUUCUAGUCGUAGUCUUUGUCAAAAUAUGUUUGACAAUAUGCGCCUAUUUUACUAGCCGUAGACGAAAUAAGUUUGCGAAGAAGGUCACUAUUGAAAUCGUGCAUAAAGUUUUAUUUUUGAAUGCGAAUUGAACAGUAUUUCUUUGUUUUCCUGAUCCGACUUGACCAGUGUACGGAAAUGCUUAAAGAAUUGUUAAUGGUAGGAGAAUUCUCGACGAUUGUGGUAAAAUGAACGGUGAAAAACAAUUAUUUUCUCAAUCUAAAAAAAAUGAAUGAAAAUUAAGAGACUAGGUUUCUGAAUGUAUGUUUUUUAGACAACAAAUGUUAUAGUCUGAUGAUGUACAAUGUAUACAAGUAGUGUGGGAUGGUUAUAUUUAAGAUAUAUAAAAUAUAUCAAAGUAUGUCCAUUUUUCACGACAAAUAAUGAUCUAUUUGACAUGUGCAUAAUGCUACAAUAUCUACCUAGAGUUGUUUACUACUCCUAGUAGUAUCUGUAGAUUUAGCCUUGACUUCUGUAUAUAAUUCGGGUUGUGUUUGUCUUCCACUUGAGCGUUUUACAUUUUAUGCAAUGCACACUGCAGCUGCCUGUAUAAAACUAUUUGCCAAUACAGAUUAUUAAAAAAAUGUUUGGUUACCCGACUUUUCCGAAUCGCUUUUAACUUCCAAAGUAAAUACAUUUUACUCAAUAAAUCACAUCUAUGACAGGAACACAGAGAUAAAGACACAGAGCAGCUACACGUCGACUGGCAGCGACAUUUAAACAACGGGUAUUUAUGACGGUAUUUUAUCAAUUUUAUACGAAAAAAAAAAGUUUUGGAAGUUUAUUUUUUACGGUAUCCAGAGCACAAUGAGCCACUCUCUUACUGUUCAUAUCGAUCUCUAGUGUAAUAGGCCAUAGUGACAGCAAUGUAUUUCGAAAGAAAGGUGUAUGGCUUGUCGUGAGUUCAGUUAAUUAUUGAAAGCAUAAUGUUCAGAACAAAUAAAUGACGGAUUGACCGACUUUCGCCACACAUUAUCGUUUCCAUUCUGAUACGUGUGUGUGUAAUAAACCAACAUCUAUGUGGUGUAUACAUAUAGAUAGGCUAUAAGGUUGUAUAAACUUUAGUUUUACUAGAAGUAGGGUAUUAAGAUGUGAUUGUAUCAUAAUCAUUCCACUAACUAAGGAAUAAUGUUAUGUGUUAAUCUAUUCUAUCAUAUGGUUUGUCAGUUAUCUAAACAGAGUUUGUAUAGAUGUUUACUAUAUUUACUGAUUUCAAACUUUUGCGGAGUUUUGUUUUAAAAUAAAGGGUGUUACGUAU